AAAAGCGGUGAUGAAAUGAGAGGCAUAUUUCAAGAUGGCUGCCUCCUGGCGGCAGAUUUCGUGCAGACGAUGCUUAGUUUGCCUAACGAAUUUAACAUCAUUUCACAAUUAGUUGGAAAAACAAUAAACUCAACACGUAUUAAAUUAGCAAAAGGAUUUCAAACAUAUGGUGGAGCACUUUAUAGUGGUGAGAGUGAAUUAAAAGAUCCAAAGUCAGAUGCUGAAGUGGUGAACAUUACUUACAUUGACAAGAAUGGGAAUGCCACUCCUGUCAGAGGAAAGAUUGGAGACAAUGUAAUGUACCUAGCUCAUCGCUACGGAAUUGAAAUAGAAGGUGCCUGUGAAGCAUCAUUGGCAUGCAGCACCUGCCAUGUGUAUGUGAAGGAUGACUACCUUCGUAAACUGCCCGAGCCAAAAGAAGAAGAAGAUGACAUGUUGGACAUGGCUCCUUUCCUAAGGGAGAACAGCCGACUAGGGUGCCAGAUAAUACUGAAUAAAGAUCUGGAUGGCAUUGAAGUAACACUACCUCCUGCCACACGCAACUUUUAUGUUGAUGGCCAUGUUCCCGAAGCUCACUAACAGUUAUUUCCCCCUACUCCUCCCAAAAACUCUGGAAAAUGUGCUGUGUGUGCAUGAAUAUGUGGCUAGAAAAUGUGAGCAUGGGGGUUGUGGUGGGGAAAGAAGCAGAGACACCAUAUGAAUGGUUAUUUCCCUUCUGUUUUCUGUUUUUGAUGCUGUCUUUGCAACAGUCUUCAAACUUUGAAAGUAAUUUUAUAUUCGGCUACUAACAUCGAUUAAAAAAAUAAAAUUGUAAUCUAAUGUCCCAUUAGUUGAAGAUAACUCUUUUUACAAAAAGCCGAUAGAAAGGCAUUUUUUCAAAGGACUUUAUGCUGUUAUGGAAUACUUUUGCUAGGGUUCUUUGUAACCACCGUACACAUGAAUAUUAAUACACAGAGUAAGUUUGUACUGUGAUAAAAUAAAUACAAUGAUCACUUUUUAACUUUUUUUCUUUGAUGGGAUAGGUAAGUUCUAAAUAAAUAUGUUUUCCAAUUCCUGCAGGUGUUGAGUGUUACCUCCAUGGUAUGACCUUGUUGUAUACCUUGGCUUUUGAUUACAGAUGCCUGCAGCACCAAAACUAACAUGUAGGUUACUUUCUUGUAUGAUUUUUGUACACACACCUCUUUUGAGUACAAGGUACUAAUGAGGACAGCAUAUCAAACACAUACAAUAUGAGCUGAAAUGUCGGCAACGAUACUUAGAGGCUGCAGUGAAGAUUACAACUGCUGAAAUAUCUUCUAACGAACUGAAAGGCAAAUUUAACUCCACCACUUUCAAGAGCCAUAUUAUUUCAGCUCGCACAUCAUCAUCUUUGCAAGCAAAAAGAGCUGAAUGUGGAGUCAGGUUGAAUUUGGUUGUCUUAAGUAGUGUUAAAAAAAAGAAACUUCUUAUUUCUGGUGUCUGUCACAUUCUGAAAGGUUAAAAAAAAAACCCAAACAGAUUGCUUAUCAAGUUGAUAAAUCACAAUGAUUAAUGGUAAAUAUUAAAGAUCCAUCUGUAAUUAACGCAUGGCACAGAAUCUCACUCGAGUCUAGGAAAGUGAUGCUUGAUUACUAGCAUCAUACAAUCAAUUAAGGCCAUUUUUCUGUUGGGUGGUUGAUAAAAUAACAUCAGGAAAUUUUCAGUUUGUCCUCCAGAAUUUACACAUGGAGUAGUAGUGUUAGUGAGAACUUGAGUUAGUGAGAGUCUUUUAUAAACUUAAAACCAUUAAACGGUUCAAGAAAUUUACUUUGAUCACAAACUUAUCAAUACACGUCCAUGCUUUGAUAGAAUGGUUUACUCAGAUCAUCUUUGGUCUGUGUGUGAAACAUGUACAAAGUCAAUAUUCUUGAUAGUCCCUCUUUUUUCAAAGAGGAUAGGGCCCUUUUUCUCCCUUCGACCAUAGAAUUAAAAAAAAAAAAAAAAAAAAUCACUGGGGUAGCACACUAGUUCGUGGGGAGCAUAGGCCAAUAAGAACUAUAACUCCUUAGUUUUGCCAAGAGUUACCGCCCAUAUUGCACCAACUCAUGCUGAAAAUAAAUG